GUAAAGCGUCGGUCGGAAACGUUGCGACCAGGUUGCGACAUCACCGCGUGCUGCUGGCACUGUUGGCGCUUCAAUCUGGUUUAUAAUGUGUGCAUUUAUAAUGUGUGCUGUUGGCACUGUUGGUGCUUCAAUCUGGUCUAUAAUGUGUUCAUAAUCUCAUUCAUCACAUGGGUCCGUGAACUAAGGCCACAGGACGUUCAUACCAAAACGUGUUCAUUGCGACUCACUCAAGUGUGACUGCGUGCAAAAAUUGUAGAUAUGAGACUCUUUCCCAGUGUACAUACGUGAUUAACAUAUGUUGCUUUGUGGCGAAUGACUACUACAGCUUUCGACGAAAACCAUCUCCAAGGAAAGUGAUACAUAGGCUGUCCCCUGACUGAUUGCCCUGUAUAUUACGAUGAUGUUGCCUUUUCUGAACAUGUGGGGAUGUAGAGUCCCUACUCGUGUGUCUUUACGACUUCUGUCAGUGACAUCCUUGAAGUGCAGCAGCAAGGAUAGCAAAGACGACGACAGCACCACACCUCAUGAUGAAUUUGAUGGCAAGCCAACGAUUGGCACUCCCGGUAUAUCACCGGGGCGCAAAGUAUUUAACAUCUUCAAGGAAGAAUUCAAAGGCUACUUGAAGCCACGAUCAAAAGACAUUCCGGAACCACCCUUCCCGAAGGAAGUUGACAUUCUGGUGGUUGGUGGAGGCAUUAUGGGUUCAUCAAUUGCUUAUUGGCUGAAGCAGCGUGCACCAGAGAGUUUCACAUUGAAUGUGCUUGAGAGAGAUCUCACAUACACAAGAGCUUCCUCCGUACUCUCCGUUGGCGGGAUACGACAGCAAUUUUCUCUACCAGAGAACAUCCAGCUCUCAAUGUUCAGUGCAGAAUUUUUACGGAAUGUGAAGAAGAACCUUAGUGUACUGGAUUUUGACCCACCAGACAUCCAGUUUCAACCCCAUGGCUAUCUAUUUCUUGCUUCUGAGAAUGGAGUACAGCCAAUGCAAGAAAAUCAUGCCAUGCAAGAGUCACUAGGUGCAAGAGUGGAGCUACUAAAGCCUGAUAAGCUAAAGCAGAAGUUUCCCUGGUUAAACACAGAAGGCAUUGCACUUGCCUCACAUGGGCUAGACAAUGAAGGCUGGUUCGACCCCUGGUCACUGCUGACAGCUUUUCGCCGUAAGGCAGUGUCCUUGGGAGCUCGGUACCUGAAUGCAGAGCUUGUCGGCUUUAAGAUACCUCAAGUGCCUCCAGACGUAGCGAUGCAUGGUCCAGACAGCUAUAGGCCAGUGAACCAUGCAUACGUAAAGCUGCCAAAUGGAGAAACACAGGAACUUCAGUUUGCCAUCCUUAUCGUAGCUGCAGGGCCCCACUCGGCAGAGGUUGCUAGGAUGUUGAGGAUUGGGGGUGGAGAUGGUUUGCUAGAACGUCCACUUCCAGUUGAACCAAGGAAACGUUACGUGUACGUGUUUCACUGCGGGGACGGGCCUGGCUUUAAUUUUCCCCUGGUUGUCGGACCAGAUGGCGUAUACUGCCGUCGGGAGGGAAUGGCGGGACACUACGUCUGUGGAAAAUCGCCUCUCGAGCAAGAGGAACCCGAUAUUGGAGACCUAGAUGUGGACUAUUCUUUUUUCGACAAAGCAGUAUGGCCAUCGCUUGCAGAGCGUAUCCCUGCAUUUGAAUCAAUCAAGAUCAGGAGUGCUUGGGCAGGAUUUUACGACUACAACACUCUGGACCAGAAUGCACUCGUUGGUCGUCAUCCGUAUUAUAACAACGUGUACUUUGCAACAGGCUUUAGCGGUCAUGGCAUCCAGAUGGCUCCAGGUGUUGGUAGGGCAAUCAUGGAGAUAAUACUGGAUGGGAAAUAUGUUACCAUUGACUUGGAACGGUUUGGCUUGGACCGGAUUGUCCACAAUGAUCCUGUCUUAGAGCGGCAGAUCGUAUGAAAGAGUUUUUGGAAACGCCAAGAGUUUGCUAGGUCAAGUGCAGUGUGUCAGCUUCUGUGAUAGGGUUUAUUGCUAGUGGAUAUUUUCACUGUAUCACUUUAAUUCCCAUGAUGCCAUGUUUAUGUACCUGUCUAGGAAACAAACUGUACUGUUCUUUUCUUGUUUAGAAUUCUGGUAGUCAGAAUAAAAUCCAGACGGUUAGGAGCA